AUGACCUCCGACAAUGACAUGGCCAAGACUCUGCGAGACUCGUUGGGGCGUCUUGAUGUGCAGCGCAAGUCAUUGGAAAUGGAAGCAGAGGCCAUUGUCUCGGAGCUGACAGCCAAACCUGAAAAUGGGGGAGAACCCAUGGGGAUUGAUACGCCACUGGUCGAUCGAGAAGGAUAUCCGCGAGGAGAUAUUGACGUUUAUCGAGCCAGAGAUCUGCGCAAUCGAUUGGCCAUUAUCCGAACGGAUAACAAAAGUCUCAUGAAACAAAUUGAAGGACUCUUAGUACAACUGGCAGCCGUCAAGAACCCCGGCAAGAAGGAAGAAGAAACCAAAGAAGAGGCAUCCCGUGCUGCUCCCAAACCAAAACCAAAAUACGAUCCAAAAACAGGCAAAUGGGUAGUCAAAAACUGGGAUGGCACUGUUGCAGGGGUAGAAGAUGGUGAGAAGAGAACCUUUGACAAUCUACAGGGCAACACUGACGACAUCCUCACCAACGCCGCAAGUACUGGUCAGACCCCGUCACUUGCGGCAACGCGGCCACCCUUUGCCAAGAUUGACCAAGUAGCACCGCUGUCUCCGGCCGCGGAAGCAGGGUUGAAAGAAGGCGAUCUCGUUGUCGAAUUUGGAUCCAUCCAUCAUGACAAUCAUGAGAAUCUGAGGGCGCUCAUGCCAGUUGUCGCAGUGGCCGCGGAUGCACAACGGGCCAUUUCCAUUUCCUUGCUUCGUCGGCCUACAUUUGCCGAUCCUCAAACCAUGCUUCGUGUGGAAUUGACGCCCAAACCCUGGCCUGGUAGAGGGCUCAUUGGUUGUCACAUUGUACCCUACUCUUAG